AAACAAGAUAUCAAAAAAGGGAUGAAGCUUACAAAAUAGAAAACACUAUAUCCUUAUUCAAAACCCUAAUAUUUGUAUACUAGCUAGUUGAAGUACAAAAGAAAAGAUAAAUAAAGCCCCUUCCUUUAUAUUUCUUCUUUCUUCUUACUUAGCUUUCUUUCUUUUUCUGCAAAACCCUAUUUGGGCAUAGUGUGAUAUUCUCCACCAUAAACCUCACCAACCUUUUACAAAAGAGAAGAAAUAUUUGGAGCACUAACACAAUGGCUUUCUCAUCUAUUCCCAUCUAUCUAGAUCCUCCCAAUUGGCAACAUGAGCAAGGAAAUCACCAACAACAACUUGGAGUUGCAAAUGAAAACCCCUCUCAGCUAUCACCAGCUAUGCCGCCACCUCCAGCAGUUGGAGGAGGAGGUGGCGGAUCAGCUGGCUCAGUUAGGCCUGGCUUGAUGGUAGAACGAGCCAGACUAGCAAAAGCAACACAACCAGAGACGAUCCUAAAAUGUCCACGUUGUGAGUCUACGAAUACAAAAUUUUGUUACUUCAAUAAUUACAGUCUUUCUCAGCCACGUCAUUUCUGCAAGACUUGCCGGAGAUAUUGGACUAGAGGUGGUGCGCUGAGGAACGUCCCCGUCGGAGGUGGAUGCCGGAGGAACAACAAGAGAGGAACAAAAAGAAGUAGAUCAAAAUCCCCAACUAGAAGUGAAAAAAGACAUUGUCCAAUAAUUACCUCAGCAAAUGCCACAACCUCUAAUAAUAGUAUCCCUCAUUUGCCUCAUCCAACACAUUUGUCAUUCUUGACUACCCCUAAUUUGCAUAAUUUUAGUGACUUCACAUCUACUGAAAAUGGCCUCAAUUUUGGAGGAUCUCAACCUCAAGAUGGUACAACAGAUCAAAUGGAAGUCCAAGCCAGAUUUAUUGACCAAUUUAGAUUUCAACAAAUGCAGCAAUUUCCAUUUUUCUCCAACUUGGAACAACAACCUAGUAAUAAUUUAUACCAAUUUGAAGCAGCUCCUGAAUACAAUGUUGGAGAAGUGGCAAAUGUGAAGGUGGAAGAAAAUGAAGGUACUAAUAGUCAAGGGCUAAAUUUACCAAGAAACAAUUUUGGGGUCACAAAUAAUCAGUUUUGGACAAACUUCCACUAGCCAACUAUUGUGAUUUUCUUGUAACAUCUUCAGAGAUAACUCUAUCAAGAUUGAGCUAUUUUCUUUUUACUUUCCAUAAUGGUUGUCCGACUCAACUUGUGCGCACGACUACUUUACUGAGUAUCGAUCUGCUAUUUUCCACCAGCACAGUACCAAGCAAGCUUGAGCUUUUCGAUCGUUUAACUACAACAGGUUCUACCCCUAUUUAAUUAUAGCGAAGAGAUUGAAUUAUGAAGCAGCUUUCUUGAAUUGCAAGCUAGUAAUAUGGAGUCCGAUCGUCUCAAGAGGAUUCUCAUUCUCAUCUGGUAGAAAACUAAGUAAUGGUAGGCUUUAAUUUCAUUAUUUCCCAUUUUUUGGUUCUUUAAUUAUGUACUGUGCGGAUGUUUUUAGGUCAAGUGUAAGUUUUUUUUUUAAUUAUCCAUUCAUGGGAUUUAAAUAUUAUCUAACAUGACGGGGCUGCUUGGUUAUUAUAAGAGAUGAAAUCUAAUAUGCAUCCUACUUAGUGACUGGUUAUAUAUUGAGUUUAUUUUAAUGGAAUUAUGUCGAUCGGGUCAAUAUUU